CAAUUGCAGUUGUUGCGAUUAUUCUUGAAUUAAAAUGUUGAAACUUUUGCCGCAUGGAUUGCAACAAAUGCGCGCGCUUUCAUCGGCAACGGCAUCCGUGACGCGUUUACAUCGAUCUGUGUAUUGUCGCAUCUAUCCAACAGUUGUUGUGCAUCCCGAUGGAUCCACGAUUAACAUUCGAUAUCACGAACCACGUAAAAUAAUUAAGUUGCCACUGGAUCUGAGCACAUUGUCCGAUUCGGAGCGCAAGGCGCGUUUGGAGGCUCGAAAGCCGCGAAAGAAGGUCAAGAUUAUGGACGAAGUGGAGGAUAACUUUAAUGCCAAAAAGUAUAUGAAGUUCAUUAAAAAGCAUAAGUAGCCUUUUAAUUACAAUAAAGAAAUUGUCAUUUUUUGUUAUAAUAAA